UUCCUGUUCCUCUGCCACACACAGCAAUUCUCGUGAUGUUGAGACUUUCCCACAGUCCACUAUCUCUUUCUCUCCGCAGAAAGUUUUGACCAGGGGCAGAAUUCCAAGACAAGGUAGGGUGGAUUUUUACCCACUUACCUGCAAUUUUCAAAGUUCUUCAGCGAGAUCUCAGCAAACAGAAGAACUGCCUACAAUCAGUGAACAAACAGAACUGCUAGAUCAGAUGACAGCCACCUUAAGUAGCAUGCAAACUACUGACCAAAUUUUGCAUCUAAAUAAUUUUACUGCCCCAUCUGAAUCCAGCCCUAUUGAAAAGCAUGGAGGAAAAGUGGCAUCUGAGUUUGUGGAUCCUUUUCAUGUCACAGAAGACCUAAAUAAAGAACAGGAGGUUGUCUUCCUCUUAAAGGAGCUGGACAUUCUAAAAGCAAACAAUAAAAAGCUUCAAGAGAAGCUUUCUGAAAAAGAUAAGGAGCUGAAGACAAUAAAGCUGGACUUAGAACUGCGUGACAGAGCCACAGAAGCUAAGAUUGCAGAGAAAGUUGCAGCUCUAGUAGAAGAAAUUCAUUCUGCUCAACGGGAACGUGAUGAGGCAAUAAUGGCAAGAUUGAAGCUGGCUAAUGAUGAAAGAGAUGAAGCAUGUAAACAAAUGAAACUACUUGAACAAUCUUUUGAGAUGCUAGAAAAUAUUAACCCUGAAGAAAAUGACAUGACAUUACAGGAAUUACUGAACAGAAUAAACAAUGCAGACACUGGGAUGGCUAUACGAAGGACUGGAGCUGUAAUUGUCGAUCGACUAUAUAGGACUCAGGAACGCAAAAAGAAAAUAACAGCUGAAGAAAUGAAUGCAGUCAUAGAAGAACGAGAUGCCGCUUUGGCUCAAUGCAAACGGCUGGAGCAGGAGCUUCAUCAUAUGAAAGAGCAGCACCAGACUUCUGCAAACAACACGAGACAUCUGACUGCUGAAAACAAUCAAGAACGUGCUCUGAAGGAAAAAUUGCUGGCUAUGCAACAAGAAAGAGAGGCUGCUGUGCAACAAUACCAAAAGCUAGAAGAAGAGCUCCAGACCCUUCGUGUUUAUUACAGUCUACACCAAUCGUUGUCUCAAGAAGUGAAUCUUAAGGAUCAGUUCAACUCUACUCUGAUGACAUAUGAAAAAGCUCUGAAAAACAGAGAGGAGAUUGUCUCCAUGCUUCUCCUUCAGAAUGAGGAGCUGGUAGCCCAGCUCCAGCAAACAGCAGAAGAGAGAACAAACAUGGAACUGAAGUUUCAGCACGCUUCAGAGGCAUCCCAAGAGAACAGCAAAAAACUUCAAAAGUUGCAAAGGCUGGUGGAUGUCCUGAGGAAGAAGAUUGGAGCAGGGACCAUUAGGACGGUGAUCUGAUUGAAAACUCCAGUCUGGGGAAGCAUUCACAUCUGGUGACCAGGCUGCUUCAUUCAGCGCUGUGUAAACACUAAAGCCUUAACUUAGCAAACAGUUGUUAGAAGUGGGACACUCCAACGACAUUCCAAGCCGAGAUAAAAAUCAAAUCAUAAAUGUUUAACCACUUGGCUGCUGAGUUAGGUGAUUCGUCUAGCAGUAUCCCUAUGAACAUGUAUUUACUUUGUAGCAGAUCUAUUUUGGUAUAGUUAGUGAGUCUUUGGAAAAGGUUGUGUGUGCCUAUGAUUCUGUGUACAAUUGUUACUCUGCUGAGUCUACUACUAUAAAAUAUAGUCAGUCUUUGUGUCUGUUUAGCUUACAAAAUCUUGCAGACUGUGAGGUUGAAUAAAAAUAUUUAAAUUAGCCAAUGCUGCUGGAAUUCAAGAUGUACGUAACUGAUAAGUGAUGCCUUGAAUCAGAAAUGAGUUGUAGCUAAAACCAUGUAAAAGUCAUAUUUUCUCUUCACGCGCACUCAUUUUCUGUCAGCACAGUAUUGGUUAACAGAAAUUGCAAAAUGUACGCAUACUGAAAAGAAGGCAUAUAUAUAUACCUUUUUAAAUAUAUGUCUAUAUUGUUUUCAGGAGAAUUUAAGCAGUAGACCUAUACUACAAGUAACAGGAGGUAUUUCCAGUCAAAUUAACAUAUUAUUUCAGUUCACCUCCUAAUUAGUCAGAGUACGGUAAGAACCUCCAGUUGUAUAUUGUUCUCUGUGUCAUGCAUUGAAAAUAGUCCUUAGUCUUAUUAACCUGCUCAAUAAAGGCAAACAAGUUUGCAUUACUCUCCA